AUGAAAAAUCAAAAUAUCAAUAGACAGAAGUGUCCACUUUUGCAAUAAUUCUCCAAGAAAAAUAAUUAACGAAUCAUAAAACGCUCAAACUAGCCCCCCCCCCGCCCCUAAAUUAACAAAAUCCUUCAACAAUGUCAGUCCCUGAGACAGCAGUCUCCUCAUCCCCAAAGCAAUGGGGCUGCAGCAAGAUGAACGUCGCCCGGAUCACCUACGACUGGACGAUCACGGAAUUCAGCCUCCGCCCCGAGGACGUCAGGCAGAAGGUGAUCUCCCCAGCGUUCUACUCAGGAAGCGCCAAGAUCGACGAAUGGAGGUUGGAGUUGUAUCCCCGAGGUGACGACGACGGCAACAAGGACCACCUCUCCCUCUUCCUGAAGCUGAUGGCCACGGAAAAACCAGAGAUACCCCUUCAGUGCAAGUUCUCCAUCCUUAAGACAAGUACAAACACAAAAACGAACAUGAAGAAGUUCUUUCGGAAGUACCAGGCUGGGACAGUCCUGGGGUACCCCUGCUUCAUAGCAAGGACGCACCUGUUGGACAAGGCCCAGGGGCUCCUCACAGACGACACUCUAGUCAUCUGCUGUGAGAUUGACAUCCCAACGGACACAAUAACGACGUCUUGGGUUGAUGACGGGAGAAAACAACCUAAACAAAUCCCCAAACGUCGACUCGUGGAUGAUCUCCAGGUGCUGCUGGACAAUUCCAACUUGUCCGAUGUCAAGAUCAUCGUCGAGGACAACAAGUUCAACGCCCACAAGUUGAUCCUGGCGUCGAGGAGUCCAGUAUUUGAUGCCAUGUUCAAACAGUCGAUGGAGGACGAGAGUCUAGUGCAGAUUGACGACCUGAGGGCUGACGUCGUCAAGGGAAUGCUCCAGUUUAUUUACACUGAUGAAGCGCCAGACCUGGAGAACAUGGUGGAGGAGUACCUGGGGGCUGCUGAGAAGUUUCAGCUGGGGGGGUUGAAGGGAAAGUGCGGCGAGGUCAUUCUGGAGAGGGUCAAUGAUGAAACUGCUGCGGGAUUUCUCGUCGUUGCUGAUCACUUCAAGGCUGAGGAGUUGAAGGCCAAGGUCAUGAGUUACAUUAUGAGCCAUCUUCCUCGGGUCGUCAGGUCUGAGGGGUAUAAGGAGCUGGAGAAGAAGCAUCCUGUGUUGUUGGGGGAGAUUAUACGGGCGCAGGUCACCUUGAUGGAGCAGAAGGCUAUGGCCAGUGAUGCAAACUGCAAUCAAAGCCCCACCAUGCGUGCCAGGAAUCCCGCGUUAGAGUCCCCAGUGUCCUUCGAGACGAGCAGAACGACAAAACGAGGAAUCCGGAGGAUUUCAAUGUCAGACGUGAAGCGCUUGAGAGAGACCUGGGAGUGGACGAUCCAGGACUUCCAGAACCUCCCUGAGGGGUCCGGGGAGAGCAUCCAGUCCGGGGUUUUCGCGACCGGAGCAGACAGGGACAACAAGGACAAAUGGUACCUGGACCUGUACCCCGGAGGGAGGGACAAGGACUGCAGUGACUACUUCUCCCUGUACCUCAUGCUGAAAUCCACGAAGCACCCAGAGCUGCAGGUGCAUCUCCAGCUGUCGAUCGUCAAGGCUGGGACGAAGGAGAAGUUCGGAGUGAAGGAGGCCCACAGGAAAUUCGUCAGUGGAAUGUCAGUGGGCUGGAGGCACUUCAUCAAGCGAAAGGAGAUCUUCUCCAAUGUCCAGGAUUUCCUGGCAAACAACGAGCUCAGGAUCUCCUGCGAAUUCAAUUAUGAGAUUAAAUCUGGGGAGAGGUCGUCUGAUCUUGUGGUCAACGAUCUCCCAGUGGUCAAGGACCUGUGGCUCUGCUUCGAGCAAUCCAAGUUCUCUGAUUGUGCGAUCAUCGUUGGGAAGAAGACUUUUCACUCCCACAAGAUGAUCCUCGCUGCUCGCAGCCCCACUUUCUGCAGAAUGAUCGAGGAGACGUGCCAGGAGAGGAAGGGAGCGACUGAGAGUCUCCCUCGUCUGCAUGUCGAGGACAUGAAGCCCGAGGUUGCGAGAAGAAUGCUGCAGUUUAUUUAUACUGGGAGUGUGGAGAACCUGGAGGCGAUGACUGAGGAGCUGAUGGCAGCUGCUGAUCGAUUUAGGCUGGUGGAGCUGAAGGACAUUUGUGCAGCGGCUUUGCUUGAGAAACUGAGUGUUAAGAAUGCUGCUGACACUCUGGUGAAGGCUGAUAAAUGUCAUGCGAAGGAGCUGAAGGCGCAGGUCAUCAGCUUUAUCAAUGAGCAUCUGGGGGAGGUCGUGGAGUCCAGCGGAUACAAAAGGCUUGAGCAGAAUCACCUGGAAUUGCUGAGGGACCUUCUGCGAGCGCAGGCUGCUGGGGUCAAGGCGAAAGAGACUGAGGGCUCUGCAGAGCUUGAGUAAUUAUUUAUGGAGAGAAAAGACUGUUUUGAGCCCAUUUAAAUCAUGAUUGAAUAUAGUGCCGCCGGGUUGUAGACAAGUGUGAAGUUGGCGGCACGAGCUGCCAACCGUACGAGUCAAACAACCCCGCGACACCAAUUGCGAAAUGGCAUUUUAUGAUACAAGUGAAAAGUAAUGCACUUUUUGCACGCUUCGCGUGCGAAGAAUCGCCUUUUCCUCACCACUAUCAUUACACGGACGA